AUGUACGAAGGGAUUGACAACUUGAAAUCCCUUUACGACCGUGCCGGGAAGACUUUCUCCGGCGGUCCUUCUGCGGCACAGGAUGUGCCGCGUCGUACUGCUCAACCAGACCCAGUACGUCGACCAUCAGUUGGGAGCGGGGCUCCCAAGAAUCCCAGGACGGGGGAUAACCGCGCCACCGGACGAGAUAACUCGUCCGACGUCCGUUCACGUCGCGGUGGCUCAACAGCUGCUCAACUAGAUAGCGCUGGCCACCGCGAGAGUCCUCUAAUGGAGGUGGAGGAGGAGGAAAGACGCUCUCCACACGAUCAUGUGGAUCGGUGUGUUCCCGAGAGCUUCUUUGUUCGCGUAACGCAAGGGUUACGCGACGAUCUCGAACAUGAGCGGGACAGGCGUCUCCAAAUGGCGGACACUGUCUCGAAGCAUCGAGCUGAGUUUGACUUUGCUCAGCUUGAGAACGAGAGAUCUCUGACAUCUCUUCGUGACGAGCUAAGGGUAUCUCGUGGGAUUGUUGAUCGGUCUCGGGAUGAGAUAGCUGCUCUUCAGACCCUUGUUGAUGCCCACCAUCGGGAGCACAAGGCUCUCUGCGAGAUGCUUGAGCGCAAGGGCGUUCUUCAUCGGAAGAAACAGCGUACUGAUGGUACGGCUUAA